AUGGAAAAGCCUGAAUUAAUAAUUAUACUUGCACUAUCAUUAGAUAUUGAUAAAAUUAUUUAAAUUAACAUGUCAGAUGGUUUUAUAAGAGCCUCAAAAUCGAUGUUACUCCAAAACGGUAGUAAAUAAGAUCUAUGCUCUGUUGAUGUGUCUUUAGAUCCAUUCCGAUUAUUAAAACCUUUUACAGGUGUUUAAACUUCUUUUCAAAAAAUUCUGUUUUAUUAGUCUACUGAUUAACCUUGUUCACCCAAUCCUUAUUGUAUUAAUUUAUUUUGGUAGCCUUUAGAUAUUUAAUUUUCUAAUGAUGGAUAAGAGAUGUGCAAUAUUAUGAAUAGUCAAAAUAAAUGUCUAUUGAAUAAUUCUUAAGAUAGUAAAUUGUGGUUACAAAAGCCCAUAGAUACUUAGUAAUCUCAGAUAAAGCAAUCUGUUAAUGUUUAACAAUUAUAAGUAUCGCCUUUAGCCUCUUAACUUCUUCCUAUUGAACCUGCGCAGUAGAAACAUGUUUAAUCUAUAAAAGGAAAAAAGCACUUUUAAAAAGAACAGCUCAAAUUCUUUAAAGAAGAUUCUAUGUAGAGUGAAGAAGUAGUCAACAUUGAGAAAAGCAGUACCUCAUAAAAAGUUAAAAAAAAGAAUAAUUUAAGAGGCAAGCGACAUAAGCAUACAAGUGAUAGUUCUGAAUCCUUUAGAAUCAGUAGAAAGAAAAAGACAUCUAAAGUUAAUGAUACUAAAAAUAUUACUAAAAACUACUCAAAAGCAAUCAUAUCAUACAUUUUUAACAAUCCAGAGUUAGUUUAAAAAAUGAUGUCCAAAUAAAGAUAUGUUGAUUUUGUUAAUUUCUUAAAAAAUAAAAAAAACCAAAUGACUAAUAUCAAAUAGCUUAGAGAUUUAUGGGUAGAUGGAGGAAAAAAUGCAGAGUUUAAUAGAGUCUUUAGAAUUAUAAGGUAAUUUAAUUUUAAUAUCAAAGUUAAUAAUUUUUAAAAACUCAGGCUGUCUCUUAUGUUUAUAAUUCUAGAAUUUCAAAUACACAAUGGCAUUUGAAAUAUAGAUUUAAUCUACUCAGAGCACUUAAGGAACCAGAAAAUUUCAAAUUUAUUAAAGAUAUAUGAC